AGCAAAAGUGCAACCGGCAGUAUUUCAAGCAUGGAGAAGAUACCUGAACACAGAAAGAAUGCCUUUAAAGCCAAGAGUAUCUUCAAAUUGGACGAAGUGCGCAGGCGCCGUGAAGAACAACAAGUCGAAAUACGUCGGAAGAAUCGUGAAGAGUCCUUGGCAAAACGUCGUAACUUGAACAUACCCGCCUCACUAGACUCCGACGAUGAGACUGCUGAUUGGGAUGUACAAGACCAACUGCAAAGUAUGAUGACAGGGGUGUUCUCCGACAAAGUUGAAGAGCAACUGGUUGCUACUACAAAAUUCAGGAAAUUGCUUUCAAAGGAACAAGACCCACCUAUCAAACAAGUAAUCGAAUGCGGAGUAGUACCAAAGUUGGUUGAAUUUCUCAGGUCUCCCCAUUCACUUGUGCAGUUUGAGGCAGCGUGGGCACUCACUAAUAUUGCCUCCGGAUCGUCUGGACAAACCCAAGAAGUAAUAGACGUGGGCGCGGUACCUGUUUUUGUUGAGCUACUGAGCAGUUCAAAUUCAACUCCUGAUGUAAGAGAACAGGCUGUAUGGGCUCUAGGUAAUAUUGCAGGUGAUAAUCCUCGAUGUCGUGACUAUGUCUUACAACAAGGGGCUCUUAAGCCACUGCUCGCUAUCCUCAAUGAUGCCGCUAAGCUUUCUAUGUUGCGCAAUGCCACAUGGACGCUAUCGAACCUCUGCCGUGGACACGUUCAAACGGAUGAGUCGUUGAUUACUACAGUCCUUCCGGUGCUGGCUAAACUCAUCUAUUCUAUUGAUGACGAGGUGGUAAUUGGUGCGUGCUGGGCGAUAACAUAUUUAUCCGAUGGUCCCAACGAGAACAUACAGGCGGUUAUAGAUUCAGGCAUAUGUCGGCGUUUAAUUGAGCUAUUAAUGCACGCUUCACCUUCAGUGCAAACGCCAGCUCUGCGGUCUGUCGGAAAUAUUGUUGCAGGAAAUGAUGUGCAUACUCAGGCUAUUAUCAAUUGUGGGGCAUUGCCCGCUCUAUUGAGCUUAUUGUCUAGCACAAGAGAAACACUUCGCAAAGAGGCAUGCUGGACUAUUUCAAACAUUACCGCUGGCUAUUGUGCCCAGAUACAAGCUGUAAUAGACGCCAACAUUAUACCUCCCCUUAUCAAUAUAUUGCAGCACGCAGAUCUUAGAACGCGUAAAGAAGCCUGCUGGGCAAUAUCAAAUGCGACAGCCGGUGGUUUAAACAAGCCCGAGCAGAUUAAAUAUCUUGUUAGUCAAGGAUGUAUUAGACCGCUUUGCGAUCUGUUAGCUUGUAUGGAUAACAAAAUCAUACAAGUCGCUCUUGACGCUCUUGAAAAUAUUCUCAGGGUUGGCGAAAUGGAGAAGGUUGACGGAGUAAACCAGUUUGCACUCUAUAUUGAAGCAGCUAGUGGUAUGGAGAAAAUCCAUAAUCUCCAGAAUCACAAUAAUGAAGAUAUAUAUAGGAAAGCAUACAAUUUAGUUGACAAAUAUUUUGCAGCAGAUGAGGAAGAGGACACCAGCCUUGCACCCGAAAUGAAUACAUCAACUGGUCAAUAUGCUUUUCAGGCAGACACUACCUUGCCACAAGGUGGCUUUACAUUUGGUGGACAGCAGGCUUCAUAA